AUGCUACUGCUCGUGGUCACCGUAUCUGUUACCAAUAUGCUUUUUGCUGUUGGAGUUGUUUGCAUGCCGCUGUCGGACCAAGGCCCCCACAUCGCGCACAACUGGGGACAGUCGGUCCGGCUCAGGCACCUGUACGCCGCCCGGCCGGGAAUGCACCUACUGAUCAGUGGGGAUGGACAGAUUCACGGGUCUGCGCACCAAACUCCAUACAGCCUGCUGGAGAUCCGUCCAGUGGAUCCAGGCUGUGUUGUCAUCAAGGGAGUAGCAACGGCACAGUUUCUCUGCAUAGAAGGCGAUGGCAGACUAUACUCAUCGCACACCUACAGCAGAGACGACUGCACCUUCAGAGAGCAGAUCCUGCCGGACGGGUACAAUAUCUACGUCUCUGACAGACACGGAGCCCUGCUCAGUCUUGGAAACCCCAGGCAGAGGCUGCAAGGUCGAGACCGAGGCGUGCCGGCUCUGGCCCAGUUCCUCCCCAGGAUCAAUAACCUGGAUCAGGUCUCGUCUCCUGGACUGGACGUCGCUGACCAGCCAGGACAGAGAACACAAACAGAAGAACCUGUGGACACGAUGGCCUCGUUUGGAAAGCUCUCUCAGAUCAUUCAUAGUCCCAGCUUCCACAAGAGAUGA